CAUAUCAUAUCAAACGGUGAAAUAGACACACGAAGUUGGUUGUGCUCGCGGGACGGUAUUUUAUUAUAUUUAUCAAAAUAAUGACCUAGAAUAAAAGGUUUUAUGUUGUGUGAUACGUAGUUUGAAUUUUAUUUUGACUAUAUAUGUAGGAUUUUACAGAUUUUUACCGUGACAUUAUCGAACUUUGUAAUAGUUUCGCUUUCUUCAUUUUAUUUUGUGGGAUUUUCAUUCAAUACAAAAGUGAAAAUGUGUCGUUCGGUGUUUCUGGUUUGUGUAUUUUCAACAAUUUUUGGAGUUUUGAAUUCAUACAGUUCUGGAAAUACAUGUCAGAAAGUUAAAGAAGAAUUUACAAAAAUAAGUAGCGAAGAUUUAGUGCCAGAUUUACCGAUUAUAGAUGAAGGUUUGAGAAUAUGUUCGCGUUCUCUAACAGCCCGACAAGCAUCCUGCUGCUCGCAGGACUCAGAAAUGACGUACCUGUUGGCAUCGGAGAAAUACAUCACAGAGAGUGUAAGAUACAGGAAUUCCAAUUUAAAAAGACGUAUAACAGAUCAUAUGGGGGAUUAUCAAGGCAAAGUACUGGCACUUGCGCAUCACACAUUGAACAGUACAAGUUCAAAACUCACAGACUGGUACUCAGUGCCUGUGACAGAUCACAGUCUGUUUUUAACAAACUUAUUUAGCGACAUUGAAGACUUUGUUAAACUUAAGCAUGUGAUAAUGAAAAACAGUGUUUCGACAUUCUUUGAUAAACUGUUUCCUGUGAUCUUUAAAAACGUGAUUUACAAAAGUUCCUCACAGUCGUGGACACACCAUUAUGAUCAUUGUCUCACGAAGCAUCGUCAGGAUGUUCGUCCACAUGUUUUUGGAAAAUAUCCUGAAGAUAUCGCAGAGAAAUUAAACAGCGGGCUAGUGUUGGCUAGAGCCUACCUGGAAGCAUUAAAUAUUGUCACAGAAACGAUCAACACAACAGACAAUCUUUUAUUCGAAGACGAAUGUAAACAUGCGGUGACUCGGUUGCAAUACUGUAAGCAUUGUCGUGGAUUCGUGGAUAUUAAACCAUGCAAAGGAUUUUGCUUAGACGUGAUGCGUGGAUGUUUAUCGAAAGUAAGUGAAAUUGGAGAAGAGUGGAAUGAUAUUAUUUCAACGGUGGAGUUACUAGUUAGAGAAAUGAGCGAAAAGAGUCUUGAUGAAGUGUUUAAAGAGCUUGGAGCUGGAAUUGGUGAUGCUAUUAUGCAUGCGAUGGUAACAGCACCACAGUUUUAUGAAAAUGUACAUGAUUUGUGUGGUAUUCCACUUGAAACAACAAGUUCAAGACCAGAAACAAAAACACCAGACUUUACGAGAACCAGAGCAUUACAUGCAGAGGUGACUGGGCCGCUAUCAAUGGAUGUAAUGAAAGUCACACUGGAUCUUGUGGACUCUAAGGGUCUCUAUAGCAACUUAGCAGAUGAAAUCUGUUCAGAAUCCACCAAAUUUGAGCAGGAUCCACUCAGUGGUACUUGCUGGAAUGGAUCAGACAUUUCUGUGUAAGUAACUUGAAAAUGGGCAUACUUUGAUUUAUCUA